CAGAGCUAGCUUAUUUUAAAGCUAGUUGACAUAUUCUUAGAGAUCCCUGAAAAUAUGCUACAGGAUCACCACUCCCAAUAUCAUUUGUAACAGAGUUGCACAAUGUCACUUUAAGAUGAGAGCAUAAGCCUUUUCAUGGAAGCAGUAGCUGAAUGAGACACCAAGAUCAUCAAGGCACAGCAACAUUAAUCUGACAUAGACAUAUCAAGAACAGUGAAAGGAACAUCUCUUGACCAGAAAUAUGUCGAUGAAUAAUUCUCCAAAUGUAUUUUCAGACCCCAAUCUGAAUAGAUUUCAGGUCAAUGUAAUUAAUGAAAACCAUGACUAUACAACCCAGUCUCAGGGAGAUUCAGACCCACAACAUCAUGAAGAGACAUCUUUUGCCAAUGAUUCCAACAACAGACUCCGAAUCAGCUACAGGCCAGGAAAUCGAGAAGCAUAUGACAACUUCUUUCAAAAUGGAGAUUCUGCUAAAACAGAUGGAAACUUUCACCCCUAUGAUACCCAUAGCAACACAUAUUAUUUGAAAACAUUUGGCCAUAAUACACUGGACGCUGUACCUAAAAUUGAUUAUUACCGAAACGCCGGCAGCCUCAGUGGGGCUAAAAUGAACAGACCAAGCCUGAUGGAUAUUCAUGAACAGUUGGCAAAGAACAUUGCAGUGUCUUCUGGUUCAGUUGACAAAUUCACCAAAGCAGAUGUAAAUGGAUUGGAAGCUGAGAUCAACAAGGACGAAGAACUCAAGGGCGGCUUUGUGAAAUUUGGAUGGGUGAAGGGUGUCCUGGUGAGGUGCAUGCUGAAUAUCUGGGGCGUGAUGCUGUUCAUUCGCCUUUCCUGGAUUAUUGGUCAAGCAGGAAUUGGUCUUGGAGUUAUCAUAAUCCUCCUUGCUGUCUUGGUCACUUCCAUUACUGGCUUAUCAACUUCUGCAAUAGCAACUAAUGGUUUUGUUCGUGGAGGUGGAGCUUAUUACCUCAUUUCCAGAAGUUUAGGACCCGAGUUUGGAGGCUCCAUCGGUCUCAUCUUUGCCUUUGCCAAUGCUGUGGCAGUAGCUAUGUACGUUGUUGGGUUUGCAGAAACAGUGGUGGAACUCCUCAAGAGCAGUAAUGCUAUAAUGGUAGAUGCAACCAACGAUAUCAGAAUAAUAGGUGCCAUAACCGUAGUACUACUUUUGGGGAUUUCUGUGGCUGGUAUGGAAUGGGAAGCAAAGGCCCAAGUUGUUCUUCUAGUUAUCCUUCUUGUUGCUAUCGUAAAUUUCUUCAUUGGGACCGUCAUUCCAAGCAACAAUGAAAAGAAGGCAAGAGGAUUUUUUAAUUAUCAAGCCUCAAUAUUUGCAGAAAACUUUGGACCGGAAUUCAGAGGCGAUGAAGGCUUUUUCUCUGUGUUUGCCAUUUUUUUCCCUGCAGCCACUGGCAUCCUUGCUGGAGCCAAUAUUUCUGGAGAUCUGGAGGACCCACAAGAUGCUAUACCCAAAGGAACCAUGUUGGCCAUCCUGCUCACAACAAUUGCUUAUCUAGGUGUAGCAAUCUGUGCAGCUGCUUGUGUUGUACGUGAUGCUACUGGGAAUAUCAAUGAUACAGUUGUAUCCGGAAUGAAUUGCAAUGGAUCAUCUGCUUGUGCCCUAGGCUAUGAUUUCUCCAGCUGUAAAACCCAGACAUGUGAUUAUGGGCUGAUGAAUAAUUUCCAGGUUAUGAGCAUGGUUUCAGGCUUUGGCCCCUUAAUCACGGCUGGAAUAUUUUCUGCUACGCUUUCAUCAGCACUCGCUUCACUUGUCAGUGCACCCAAGGUUUUCCAGGCGCUGUGCAAGGAUAACAUCUACCGAGCCCUUCACUUUUUUGCCAAAGGAUAUGGGAAAAACAAUGAGCCAAUUAGAGGAUAUGUCCUUACUUUCUUCAUUGCCAUGGCCUUUAUUUUGAUUGCUGAGCUGAAUACCAUUGCUCCCAUCAUCUCCAACUUUUUCUUGGCUUCGUAUGCUCUUAUCAAUUUCUCAUGUUUCCAUGCAUCAUAUGCAAAAUCUCCAGGUUGGAGACCUGCUUUCAGAUAUUACAACAUGUGGGUGUCUCUCUUUGGAGCUGUGCUAUGCUGUGCCGUCAUGUUUGUCAUCAACUGGUGGGCGGCUGUCAUCACUUAUGCGAUCGAGCUGUUUCUUUAUAUUUAUGUGACAUACAAGAAGCCAGAGGUAAAUUGGGGAUCAUCCUCACAGGCACUUUACUAUGUUAAUGCCAUUGACACUGCACUAGAAUUAACAACAGUGGAUGACCACGUGAAAAACUUCAGGCCUCAGUGCAUAGUAUUAACGGGGGGACCCAUGACAAGACCAGCUUUGUUGGAUCUUGCACAUUCGUUUACAAAGAACAAUGGUCUCUGCAUCUGUUGUGAAGUAUACACAGGCCCACGCAAGCUGUGUGUUACAGAGAUGAACAGUGGCAUGGCAACGAAACAGGCCUGGCUGACAAAGAACAAAAGGAAAGCCUUUUAUGCAGCAGUGGCAGCUGACAGCUUUAGAGAUGGAGUCAAAAGUCUCCUCCAAGCCUCUGGAUUGGGCAGAAUGAGACCUAAUACCUUGGUCUUUGGAUUUAAAAAGAACUGGAGACAUUCCACAGCAGUGCAAGUUGAAAGUUAUAUGGGCAUCAUACAUGAUGCAUUCGACUUUGAAUUUGGUGUGAUAAUUGUCCGAAUAAGUCAAGGGUUUGACAUAUCACAAGUCCUUCAGGUUCAAGAGGAACUGAAGAAGCUGGAGCAGGAAAGGCAAGUCCUAGAAGCUACCAUUAAAGACAGUGAAUUUGAAGAAGCAAAACUGGGUAUUCGUGGAUUCUUCACAAGAGCUACCAAGCUUAACAUUACAAAGACGAUGGCCCCAAAAGAAAGCAGCAUUACCACAAUCUCUUCAAUGCAUAUGGGUGAAUUCAAUCAGCGGCUGCUUGAAGCUAGCACACAGUUUAAAAAGAAGCAAGGGAAAGGAACUAUUGAUGUGUGGUGGCUGUUUGAUGAUGGAGGGCUAAUACUCCUAAUUCCUUACAUUCUCACUCUCCGGAAAAAGUGGAAGGAUUGCAAAUUAAGGAUCUUUACUGGUGGAAAAGUCACUCGCCUUGAAGAGGAGAAGCUAAUGAUAGCUUCACUUUUAAGAAAAUUCAGAAUAAAGUUUGCUGACAUUAACAUAAUUGGUGACAUCAAUAUGAAACCUAGCAAAGAGAGCUGGAAAUUCUUUGAAGAGAUGAUUGAACCAUAUCGCAUUCAUGAAAGCUGCAAAGAUUUAACAACUGCUGAGAAAUUAAAAAGAGAGGCACCAUGGAAAAUCACUGAUGCAGAGCUAGAAGCAUUCAAGGAGAAGAGCUACCGCCAAGUCCGUUUGAAUGAACUUCUACAGGAACACUCUAGAGCAGCUAAUCUGAUUGUUUUGAGCCUACCGGUGGCAAGAAAAGGAAUUAUAUCUGAUUACCUCUAUAUGGCUUGGUUGGAAAUUCUCUCAAAGAAUCUGCCUCCAGUUUUGCUCAUCCGAGGCAACCACAAAAAUGUGCUAACAUUUUAUUCUUAGCAAACGGCACCUGGAAUCCAUUAUCUGCAUUUUACAUGAAAUGGUGGGAUGAACAUAUGUGGGGGGGGGGGGGAGAAUACUCAAAAGUAACUUCAUCUCAGUGUCUGACACAUUAACAUUUCCCUCCCUAGCUGCUGAAAAAUCACUUUGGUGCCACGAUAUAACAGCAAAAAGCUGGGUCAUAUGCAUUAAUAAAUAGUUUAGUUCUCUCAGUGCUGGUCUUUCUGUAGCCAAAAUGGUGUCAUCCUCACACAAAUGGAACAUUAUCAGCAUGCUUGGGGGAACCCCAAGGUUCUUCUUGGUGCUCUGUGUGAAUCACACAACUGGGUCUUCCUGCGCCUGCAUAGUAAAUAUUGAGCGCUUUCUAAAAUAGCUGAUUUUUGGUAGUAACUCUGCCCAUCCUUAGCUCUAUCCCCACUCUUCUCGCUCAUUUACUCCAGUUCUUUUUCAUUUGGCACAUGAGCAGCAUUGACAGAACCUCUCUAGUACUUUUGUUUUACCUCAACAUUUGAAUUGGCUAGUUUAUUUGGCUUUUCUGACCAACUCUAUUAUUCCUUUGAAUAUCCCUUGGGUUGGUAUUUUUUAGCUUUCUUGAAUGACCUCAGACUUUGCCUUUACAUAUUGCUUUACAGGUCAGACCAUCUUCUACCUCUUUUGAGAGGUAUGAUGUCUGCGGACCAAAAUUCCCUGGCACUCUUGCUCUUUGUUCUGUUUGGGCGAGGGAUACAUUGGCAGCAAUUAUAUCCAUUGUAAUCCUUUUAUACCAUAAGCGAGGAAGACCUGUGAGUCCCAUUUGAAAGCUUUAUAGAUUAAAAUGAAUUUUCAAAUUAUUAUAUAGCGAUAAAUUGCAAUCAUAUUAAACCAGCAUACACUUAGACAAGUUCAAAGCAAAAUGAAUUACGCUAACCUACGUUUUGACAAGAUGUCAUAUCUGCAUCAUGAUUUCUCUAGAUUUGUAACCUUAAGCAAUGCUUUAAAAUUUAUUUUGGCAAGUGGUCGCGUGCCCUUCAAAUAAAUAUAAUAUUCAUUUAUUGUAAAGUUUUUUUUCCUGAUUAGUAUAAAAUAUUCUAAUGGCAAUGUUGAGUAU